GGGGUGGGUGGCGGGGAUGACAGCGGAGGUGGCAGCGGCUCGGCGCUGAGCGAGCGGCGAGCGAGCGGGGGAAGAGGAGGAAGUGGAGCCGCGGCCAGGAGCUCGGGAGUCGGCCGCCGCGCCGAGGUCCGCCCCGUUUUGCAGAGCUAGCCGAGUCGGGACCUGGAAAGACUUCCCCGCGGGGCUCCGGCCGCCGCGCCUCCCCGCCGGCGCCUGCCCUGCCCUGCCCGUCCCAGCCCCGCGGUUCGGGGCGUGCGGCCGGGACACGCGGAGCCCCGGCCCUGACCCGCUGCGCCGGGACGGGACGCUCCUAACGCCGCCGUACCGGUCCGUGGUUGCAGGGUCGCUCCGCGCCUUUCCGUCAGUGAGGGUCGGAACCCCAGCUCCAGGGCUAGCGCAGUGUGGCCCCAGGCCCUCGCCUCCCGUGCACGGGACCCCGGACGCCCCCAGCCUCUGGCUUUACGAGACCCCAACCUUCAGUUGGAACAGCUUGGAACAGCGCGAGCGCCCGGGAAGCCCUGGCCGGGUCGUGCGCUCCGUGAGGGGUCCUAGGCGGGCAGGACAGUCGGACCGAACCGCCGGGCUGGUGCCGCGAGCCCAGGCUGUCACCUUCGUCCCGCCUCAGGCGAGGGGUUCAGCGCCUGCCCCGAAGAUAACACAGGGGUCCCCUUCUGUCCCGGCGGCCCGCGAGAGCCAAGGCUGCAGCUCUCCCAGUGAAGUGAUAUCACUGCCUCUGUGGACAAGACACCUCCAGGAGCCCAGCUCACAGCCACCGGUACCUUCUUCCAGGAGGGAACAUCUGACACUUGAAGGAUCGGGAAGUGUUCACCAGGUGAAGGGAAGCAAGGCUGGAAAAGCAGUAGUGGUCAGAUCCCGGUCACUGCCUGUUAAGAAGUUCAGUCCAGCUGCAGAGGCAGAGCCUGGGUGGCCUUGGCAGCACCUGAUAACUAAAGCCGUGAGAGUGGACAAGAUGGCUGCAGCCAGGAGAGCAUACAGAAGAGAGAGAAGAGGUUUGCCUCCCAGAGAAUCCCCUACAGUUAUGAACAGGACAAAAAUGCACCAGGGGGAGAGGAGACUCUGAGAGCCAGUAUCAGCGAAGUUCUGGGCCGAGGCAUGACGCAUGCACUUCUACUUCCCUCUUUUCCAGGGCUGCUGUUAUAGUUUCUGCAUGGAAAGCACUUGGAACAAUGCCUGGUUGUUCCCCUCUUUGGCCCUCUCAGGGCCCUAGGAGCCUUUGUGUGUCCUGCUCACAUUGUCUCCAGGGCCUCGGACAGGGCCUGGUACAGAACAUAUGACUGAGUUUCUGGAGUCCCACAGGCCAGCGUUGGAGUCCUGACACCUCAGUAUAGCUGUGCACCUCUGGGCAAAUAGUUUCUCUGCUCUGAGCCCCAGGACAAGCUGGGGGCCUCCAUGGGCGCCUGAGGGCCAGGCGCCAGGGCCGUGGGCACGAGUAUGGUGAGACACCAGCCCCUGCAGUACUACGAGCCACAGCUGUGCCUCUCCUGCCUCACGGGCAUCUACGGCUGCCGUUGGAAGCGCUACCAGCGCUCCCAUGAUGAUACCACGCCGUGGGAGCGCCUCUGGUUCCUGCUCCUCACCUUCACCUUUGGCCUCACGCUCACCUGGCUUUACUUCUGGUGGGAAGUCCACAAUGACUAUGAUGAAUUCAACUGGUACCUCUACAACCGCAUGGGCUACUGGAGCGACUGGCCCGUGCCCAUCCUUGUGACCACAGCUGCUGCCUUCGCAUACAUCGCUGGCCUCCUGGUCCUGGCACUAUGUCACAUUGCCGUGGGGCAGCAGAUGAACCUGCACUGGCUGCACAAGGCUGCCCUGAGCACACUGCACUGCUCUUCUGUCCUCGCCUGACUCCCCUGCCUCAGUGGCAGCAGCCCCCAGCCCAGGACCUGCACAGAGGAGGCGUCUGUCAGCGACCCAACCUGAGCCCCAGAGAGGAGCACUGGGUACCACACAGCCCCAAGAUCGGGCUGGUGGUCAUCCUGGCUUCCACGGUGGUGGCCAUGUCGGCCGUGGCCCAGCUGUGGGAGGACGAGUGGGAGGUGCUGCUGAUCUCCCUGCAGGGCACAGCGCCAUUCCUGCAUGUGGGGGCCCUGGCAGCAGUCACCAUGCUCUCCUGGAUCGUGGCAGGACAGUUCGCCCGCGCAGAGCGGACCUCCUCCCAGGUGACCAUUCUCUGUACCUUCUUCACCGUGGUGUUUGCCCUCUACCUGGCCCCUCUCACCAUCUCCUCUCCCUGCAUCAUGGAGAAGAAAGACCUCGGCCCCAAGCCUGCUCUCAUUGGCCACCGCGGGGCCCCCAUGCUGGCUCCAGAGCACACCCUCAUGUCCUUCCGGAAGGCCCUCGAGCAGAAGCUGUACGGGCUCCAGGCUGACAUUACCAUCAGCCUGGACGGCGUGCCCUUCCUCAUGCAUGACACCACCCUGCGGCGCACCACCAACGUGGAGGAGGAGUUCCCGGAGCUGGCCCACAGGCCUGCCUCCAUGCUCAACUGGACCACCCUGCAGAGACUCAACGCUGGCCAGUGGUUCCUGAAGACUGACCCCUUCUGGACAGCCAGCUCCCUGUCACCCUCCGACCACAGAGAGGCCCAGAACCAGUCCAUCUGCAGCCUGGCAGAGCUCCUGGAACUGGCCAAGGGCAAUGCCACACUGCUGCUCAACCUGCGUGACCCGCCCCGGGAGCACCCCUACCGCAGCAGUUUUAUCAACGUGACUCUGGAGGCCGUGCUGCACUCCGGCUUCCCCCAGCACCAGGUCAUGUGGCUGCCUAGCAGGCAGAGGCCCCUGGUGCGGAAGGUGGCUCCCGGCUUCCAACAGACAUCAGGCUCCAAGGAGGCAGUCGCCAGCCUGCGGAGAGGCCACAUCCAGCGGCUGAACCUACGCUACACUCAGGUGUCCCGCCAGGAGCUCAGGGACUACGCGUCCUGGAACCUGAGUGUGAACCUCUACACAGUCAACGCGCCGUGGCUCUUCUCCCUGCUGUGGUGUGCGGGGGUCCCAUCCGUCACCUCUGACAACUCCCACACCCUGUCCCAGGUGCCUUCUCCGCUCUGGAUCAUGCCCCCGGACGAGUACUGUCUCAUGUGGGUCACUGCCGACCUGGUCUCCUUCACCCUCAUCGUGGGCAUCUUCGUGCUCCAGAAGUGGCGCCUGGGUGGCAUACGGAGCUACAACCCUGAGCAGAUCAUGCUGAGUGCUGCGGUGCGCCGGACCAGCCGGGACGUCAGCAUCAUGAAGGAGAAGCUUAUUUUCUCAGAGAUCAGCGAUGGUGUAGAGGUCUCCGAUGUGCUCUCCGUAUGUUCAGACAACAGUUAUGACACAUAUGCCAACAGCACCGCCACCCCUGUGGGCCCCCGAGGGGGUGGCAGCCGCACCAAGACCCUCAUAGAGCGGAGUGGGCGUUAGCUGAAGACAUGUCUGUCCCACCUGUACCUGACACAGAAGCUGGGGAGCCUAGGAGAGCUGGUGGAAGUGUGUCUGAACUCGGAGUGCUCUGGGAGCGGGCUCCACAGCCUCCUUGUGGGCUCCAGCCCCUUGUCAGCCGCAGCCGCUCUUGAGGGGGACUCCCUGUCCCCUGAGGCCCAGCUGGGCCAGGACUCCAUCCUUUCAGAUGCCCCUGCAGGCCUGGGGCUCCUUCUGGGAAGUAUGGGGCCUAGGGCUUGGUCCCCCUCUUCUGAGGCCCUCUCCUGUAUCCCGACCUGGAAGCUUUGAUGGGUCAUGGGCCAUGCCAUACCCCCUGUGGCAAUGGAGUGUGCGGAUGCUCACCUGUGCCAUCUGUCCUCCUGUCUGUGCCACGAGGCACCUGAGUUCUCUGCUGUUAUCCUGCCCCAAGGGCCUGGGCCGAGCCUCUACCUGAAGCAACUCUGCUCUUCCUGUCAGUCUCAAAGCACAAGGAGGUUCAGCCCAGGAGGAAGCCAGCUGCAAUGUGGAGACACGUCCUCCUCCCCAACCCACCUCAUGCCACCGCCAACCCCCUGCCCCAGGAGCGGGCCUGAGCCACGUCCCCUAGGAGCAGCUGGAGAUGGCCAAAAGAGUGAGCUCAGGACUACUGGAUCCCAUGCCCAGGUGUCCAGCAGACCUCAAGGCAGAAGGGUCACCUAACCCAGGAGUCCACAGACUGAUGUGACCUCAGGUUCCCACAUCAGUGGCCACAGGGCAGGGCCCACCUGGUAGAAGUGUUCUGGAUAUGGUCAGGGUGGGUGUGUGGCUAAGUGGGCCUGCACAGAGGGAACCUAGGGGCCUUGGCCAAUGUGAUUAAAGCUGCCAUCUUGA